AUGAAUGUUGAGUCGCUGCAAAGACUUUGCAAUGACAGAGACUACCUACAUAAAAGUUUAUUGUCUAAUUUUCUAGAGCACCCAUUUAACACAUCACUUCCAUCCAAUUUUGGUAACAUUGUGGAUGGUAGAUUGAGCGAUUUUCAUAUUCUACAAAUAAUUUGCGUCAAAGACAUUGGAAAGAGUAAUAGGAACGAACAUGAUGAAAUGAAAUAUGAUAAACGUAUGUUAAGACUGAGUCUAACAGACGGCAAACAAUCGGUCAUCGCGUAUGAAUAUAAACGAAUACUAGAAUUGGAUUCCCUAUGCGAUAAAAAUGUUAGAUGCUUGGCCAAAGUUGCACUAAUUAAUAAUCCUGUCAUCAAAAAGGGCACUUUGUGGCUUUUGCCUGAAAAUGUGAAGGUUUUAUUUCAAGGAUUCAAGUGUCUAACCUACAACCCAAUACACAAUGUUAAUGAAAAUGAAACAAUUGAUACAAAUUUAACACAAAUUAACAGUAUAAAUAAUUCAAAUCACAACAAAAAUUCCAUAUUGUACAAUCAAAAGAUAUCCUCUAUUCAUUUCGAGAAAGUAUCAUCUCUACAUAAUAAUGAUGAUUCUAAUAAAUCGCAAAUUGAUGCUGACAAUAAUUAUUUGAAUCUGCAUAAUGACAAAAUCUGUAAGUUAGAUAAUGUUGCCUGUAGAAAAGUCCCAACACAAUUUGAAUCUUCUCUAUUGCUAAUCAAAAACAUAUCAUCAAAUCUGGACAAUCACAGUAAUUUGCAACAAAAAAAUAACAAAUCAAGUGGAAUAAGUGUUUGCAAAACGGAUUCAAAUGCUAUCAUUGUUGAAGAUGAAUGGGAGGAUGAUAAACCCCCUGAAAAUGUUUUUGGUGACAAAUUGUCUGAGUGCUCAUUUUACACUUAUAUUGCACACACAAAAUAUAACAUAUCAUUAGAUAACAUGGAACUAUUAAGCAAAGCAUUAACACAAUAUUCAAUUGAUAUUACGCAUACUUUGUGUAAGAAAUAUACCAUUAACCAAUCUGAAAUAUAUCUGCUAGCUUCUAAAAUGCCGCACAACAAACACAUAUUUAACAGUGAGAUUAGGAAGGAGUCUUUUUAUGCCACAAUAUCUAAAGCAGUAAUACUUGAUGGGCACUACAUGUCUAGUCAACUAUGGUUACUUGAACUUCUGAUAGCCACACAUCCCAUAAUUUAUUCACUGUCCGAUCAGAAUACCCUAGAAUUGUAUUGCAACAAUAAGAUACGUACAAGUGGCGUGGAUAAUGUACAAAUUAAUAUUGCAAUCUUGCUAUAUAAUUUUGUGGGCUACCUAGACCUUUCAAUCUAUGGCUACAAGGGGAAUACAUGUAUUUGGCUUUCGAAUAUAAAGAAUAAUGAUGAUUUGUUUCCCACACUUUCUAUGCAACCAUAG